ACUUAAUUCAACACAUGCAGCUCGAAGCGACGCAAUGCGAUGCAUGCAAUGCGAUGAGACGAGGCAGGCACCGAGGCACGAUGCUACGUGUGCAACUAAUGUGCCUACGUAAACUAACAACCUAAUUUAUAAAGCUUGCCAAACCACAUGGCAGUGAUGGCAGCUAGACCCUUUAGCAAGGGAUGGUAUUGUUUUAUCGCAUCGCCAACCUAUACAUGUCUCUGACGCAUUUCGCUUCUUAAAAGUUUGAAGAUUUUACGGAUCUCUUCAAGAUCCUUAAAUUAAAAACUCGCUAAUACCUUAUUAUAAGUUACCUAUACUCAGCUUAAAAAUGAUUGUAAUUAAUUUCAAAGAAAACAAAUUUUCAAUGCACAGGGUGGGGCAAUAACAACGGAUUUCAAAUUUUCUUGAUAAAUAUAACUGAAAUGCAUUGGCAAUAAGCUUGAAGGAAACUGUUGUCGUGACCCAACUCAAUAAGCAAGGUCGAAGGUCAUAAGACUGACGCUGUUAUUUAACCUAGCUGACGUUACAGCAGGUACCAGCCACUGCCAGGCAACUUACAUAUUUGGCGUACCUAUCAGUAUCAGUUCAUUUUAUUCUACCAAAAUUCACGGAAACAGCAACUUAGCAACGCUUCAUACAUAAAUGGUCUAGUUAUUCCAAGUCUUUUAUUUAAUUUAUAAGAUUUAAGUUCUAAGAAAUCUCGGAUGUGUAAAGCAGCAGACAACAAUCAGUGUAGUUUACCGAAGGCAUUAUCCUCAAGACCCUAAGCGAACGCCCUCGCGAUGCUUCAGGGCGAUGAUCCCGGGCACAUCCCGGGCCCCCCCUGAAUAAUAACCCUAGAUAUGCCCAAUGCCCAUGCCCAUUGAUUUAUCAGCAAUAUUUUUAUUGAGAGCGAGCGUUUAGUUACCAACACACCCAGACGCGUCAGACUGAAAAUGCGAGCACGAUAAUUUAUGAUUAAAAAUAGAGCAUUGUUUUGGUCUCCAACUGUGUACAAAGCGCAAUUCCCAGUAGCAUGCAAAAUUAUGUUGAUAUACCCACCUACAUAUAGGUACACCCCAGGCAAGCAGCGAAACCUUCUCGAAGGUCGGUACGGCAUUGCUUUGUUUACAUCGGUACCAUGCGCACCUCAGUCUAUUUUUAAACGGGAGUACGUUGAGAUUUUCAAAACAUAUGGGGAAAUCUGACAAAAAAAUUAAAUCAGAUCGGAUAAAUUCACUGAGAAAACAAUAUGAUGCCUUCUUGGAAGAGGACAAGAAAAGAAAAGAAAGAAAUGAAUACAUUUUGGAGAAGUUGGAUAAAAUGCGCUAUUGCAAUGCUGUGGUGCCCGUUCGUCAAAAGCCCACUGCAUUCUCGGAAACUCGCGCAGUUUCUUUCUAUAAUCCACCAAAGCAAGCUGUAGAAAGUCUCCCAAGCGACCCUUACAACGACCAGCGCCUCCUUCAGCGGCCUCUAGAGGUGCCAAAACAACACAUUGACGAAACGAUCCUGCAAGAAAUUAGUAAAAAAUACAUUCUUAUCCCUAAAGUAAGACCAGCUCAUGAUGACUUCGCUACAGAAACACCGUCUAAAAUAGAAGAUAACACGGACUGGAAAAGCAAAUACCAGAUUUUGGAACAGAUAAAGAAAGAGGAAAAAGAACAAGACAGUCCUACGCAUCACGAAAUAUUGCAAACUGCAAAUAACACUUAUGAAGAAACGAUCACUAAAGAUAAAGAACAUCCAGUCACCGAAUACAUUAAUAAAAUUCCAGACAAUAUCAUUUCUGAAAAUAAAUUAUCUUAUAAUUUACAAACUUAUCCCAAGGAUAACGUAAUAGACGAACAAAGAUACUAUGAUAAUAACAUCGAAACACUGGAAGUUUCCAAUGACAACUUAGAUAAUCCCAAAAAUAACAUCGAGACAACCAAUCCUCAUGAUACAGUAAAUGACAAUUUUGUGAAUUACGAAAAUAACUAUGAAGAUAAUGUUUACGAACAAAUGUCUAUAAAUAAUAUUACAGAUAUUUCAGAAAAAAAUAUAAAUAACUAUGAAUACACUCAAAAGUUGGAUGAAAGUAGAAUUAAUAGCACAGAAGAAGAUGCUGUUAUGAAAAUGAGCGGCGAAAAUUCUGCGAAAAUAUAUCCAGAAGCUGACUCAGAUCAAACUAAUAUUCCAUCUAUUCCGUCCGUACCACCUGAUGCUGACUCUAAUGAGCAACCUAAAAGAGAUAAUGAAAACCAUCAACAAGUCUAUACCAAUCAAGAAAUUUAUUUAGACAGAGAAGAGGUAGCCCCAGUGCAGGAUAUGAAUGCUAGCGAUUUCGUUGACGAAAUAAAUAAUGUCGUCCCUGAAAGCAACCCCAAUAUGGCCGCAGAUACUGAAUAUCCAAUUGAAACAAUUAAUGUCCAAGAUUUUACACCUCAUGAUGAUGUGCAACUGCAAGACGGUAUUAAUAUUAAUCCCCAGCCACAAGUGUUGGUUGGCCAAGAUGACCUGACUUAUCAUUAUGAUCCUGUAGUAGAAACUGAAAACGCUAUCGACGGCACAAAAACGUUCGGAACCGAACAGAAUCAAGAUUUUUACAAUGAACAUGGUGACCAAAAUUACGAUUAUACUGAGGAGGGCGUUGCGGAUAAUUAUAAUACAGAACAGAUAACACCGAACGAAAACUAUGAACAAAAUGAAUAUGCGUAUUAUGAAGGAGCUCAAACAGAACAACCUUAUCCGGAAGCAAAUGAUAACGAAGUAACUUCACAACGUUACGACCAAAACUACGAGCAGCAGUAUGGUGUGGCUUAUGACCAAGAAGCUUAUCAGCAGCAGGGGUACGCGCAAGGGCUCGAACAAACGGAAUAUGCUGAACAAAUGCAACACUAUGAAGGUCAAGAUCAAACACAACAAGAUUUCGAGAAAGUCCAUUAUGAAAAUCAAGACAAUCUUACGCCACAAUACGUCGAGCAACAAUUAGAUAAUGAGCAAGGAUUCACCGAGAAACAAGACGAAAAUAUUGAAAUUACUAACGUAGAAAAAUCUGGAGACUUUCAGCAAGUUGGCGAUCAACAAGUAAUACAGUAAAUUUAAUAUUAUUUAUUAUUGCCUGUGCUAUGUAUAUCGUAGUUUAUUGCAUUUGCCUCGAUAGCCUAAUGUUAUUAACUUUCUAAACAAUAACGUUUAUGACUACAUAGAAUUUUUCGGUAGUUUGAUGUAGGAAAGGUUUAUGAAAUAAAACUUUAAAUGAUGUUGUCA